CACAAACUUCAUGAACCUGGAGUUGAUCUGGACGAAGUAGUAGUUUUCUUCUUUUCUAUUCAAGCACAUAUUUUCACAUAUUUUCCAAUUCGUCAGAUUUGAUUAAAAAAAAACUAAUUUCCUUUCUUCCCGUUGAGAGCCGAGGAGUAAAGUUCAGAACCGAUUCAUUCCGCCGAGUUGAACGGCGGCGGUGAGCGGUGCACAUUUUUGCGCUACCUACCCUACAGAGUAAACAUGAGGUCACAAUGUCACUGAGCGACCACCCUCGAGCAUACGGCACUGCCGCUCUGACGGUAGCUUUCAUUGCCGGUGUUCUCGUCACGCUGGGAUUCAAGGAUCUGUACCCGGAGCUGGAGGCGCGGUACCAACGACGAAGAAAAGGAUCAAGGAGGGGCAGCAUCUUCUUCGGGCCCGUCAACCUCGAGGAUCGCGAAGAAUCGUCCCUCGUAGACUACUACGACCGGGGCAAUGGCAUCGUCGACGGUGUCGAGGGUACCAUCGGCAACACGCCGCUUGUCAAGAUCCGCAGCCUCUCGGACGCCACCGGCUGCACCAUUCUCGCCAAGGCCGAGUACCUCAACGGCGCCGGCGGCAGCCCCAAGGACCGCGUGGCUCUCAACAUGAUCCGGGCCGCCGAGGAGCAGGGCCUCCUCUCCCCGGGACGCGGCGAUACCAUCUACGAAGGCACCGUCGGCAGCACGGGCAUCUCCCUCGCCGUCCUCGCCCGCGCCCGGGGCUACAAGGCGCACAUCUGCAUGCCCGACGACAUGGCCAUCGAGAAGUCGGACCUGCUGCACCACCUGGGCGCCACCGUCGAGCGGGUUCCGGUCGCGCCCAUCACGGACCCGGGCCACUUUGUUAACCUGGCCCGGUCCCGCGCGAAGGAACACACGGCCUCCUCCGACACGCCCUCGCACGGCUUCUUCGCCGACCAGUUCGAGUCCCUGGCUAACUACACCGCCCACAUGAAGACGACCGGCCCGGAGAUCUACGCCCAGACGGGCGGCGGGCGCCUCGACGCCUUCGUGGCCGGCGCCGGCACGGGCGGCACCAUCGCCGGCGUGGCCAAGCACCUCAAGGAGGAGCGCGGGCUGACGUCGCUGCGCGUCGUCCUGGCCGACCCGCAGGGCAGCGGGCUGUACAACAAGAUCCGGCACGGCGUCAUGUACUCGUCCACCGAGCGCGAGGGCACCCGCCGGCGGACCCAGGUCGACACCAUGGUCGAGGGCAUCGGCAUCAACCGCAUCACCGAGAACUUGGAGGCCGGCCGCCCCCUGAUCGACGACGCCGUCCGGGUGACGGACGACCAGGCCUGCCGCAUGGCCCGCUGGCUGGUCGAGCACGACGGCAUCUUCAUCGGCAGCAGCAGCGCCGUCAACUGCGUCGCCGCCGUCGUGACGGCGCUCAAGAUGCCCAAGGGCAGCCGCGUCGUCACCAUCCUGUGCGACUCCGGGACGAGGCACCUGAGCAAGUUCUGGAAGCACAUCGCGGCCAUGGGGCUGGAGGACGAGACGCAGAAGCAGGAUGAAGAUCUGCUUGCCGUCUUGGGUCUCGAGAACCUCCGGAGGGCAGCAGACUAAAAAGCGCAGACUAAAAAGCGCAGACUAAAAAGUGCAGACUAAAAAGUGGGCAGGCACAUGAUAGUCAGAAGUAGCUCGGCACUUGGGGUGUACAUACAUACAACCAUUCUUAGAUUGAUACCCAGAAUUUUGGCAACGUACUCUGAACUACAACUACUUGGCUCGUUUCCUUCGCCUAGUCCAGCGAUUCGGGGAAGUCUAGUAGCAUCUCUCCGCAUGUUACCCGUUAUGCUAUCGCGUGUGUAUAUGUGUGUAUGUAUGAGCUGCACUCGUCCAUCUGCCGCUUCUUGGGAGAUGGAUCAGCAAUCUUCUUCCCAUGUCGGAGACCAUCAUCAUCACCCCUUCCCCCCCC